AGCUGCAGCACUGCCUUUGCAGAGGGUCCUGAGGGACGCAAGACUGCGAUGGCAGCCUCGAGGCUGGUGCUGUCGCUGCUGGUCGCAGCUCUCCUGCUGCACGUGGCCACCACGCUCAAGGUCGGCGCCUUCAACAUUAAAGCCUUUGGGGACACCAAGAUGUCCAACCAGACCGUGGCAAACAUCAUCGUCUCUAUCCUGUCGGAGUACGACAUCAUUCUGGUGCAGGAGGUCCGGGACGCUGACCUGAGUGCUGUGAAGGACCUCAUGGACCAGCUCAACAGGGCUGGGGAGCACCCAUACAGCUUUUUGGACAGCAUCCCCCUGGGUCGGACCAGCUACAAGGAGCAAUACCUCUUCAUCUACAGGUCAGACAUGGUCUCUGUGCUGGAAAGCUACUACUACGAUGACGGCUGCGAACCCUGUGGGACUGACACCUUCAGCAGGGAGCCCUUCAUUGUGAAGUUCUCCUCACCCACCACACAGGUGCAGGAGCUCGUGUUGGUGCCCCUGCAUUCUGAGCCCAGCCAUGCAGCACAGGAGAUCGAUGCUCUCUAUGAUGUCUACACCGAUGUCAUCAACAAGUGGGGGACUAACGACAUGCUCUUCCUGGGUGAYUUCAACGCCGACUGCUCCUAYGUGACCAGCUCCCAAUGGCCGUCCAUCCGCCUGCGCUCCCUCAGCGCCUGCGAGUGGCUCAUCCCCGACAGCGCCGACACCACCGUGGCCACCACCGACUGCGCCUACGACCGCAUCGUCGCCUGCGGCACCGCCCUGCGCCAAGACAUCGAACCCGGCUCUGCCACCGUCAACAACUUCGAUGAGAAAUUCCACCUCCAGCUCAAGGAUGCUUUGGCUGUCAGCGACCAUUUCCCAGUGGAGGUGACCCUGAAAGCCCGCUGAGCCUGUCCCUGCACCGGUGGCUACCAGGACACCGCRGCAUGCACCUGUGUCCCUCGUGGGAGCCCUCAUGCCACCAGUGCCAGCCAAGCUGCCCACUGUCUCUGCAAGGAGCCACUCUGGGGUCUUGUGGAAGGGGGAUGCUCUCUGCUUCUAUUAAAAUUGAGCCUUUCCCUGCCUUUGCAGCUCUGGAGGGGAGGUCCCUUCAGUCUCCCCAGCAGCUCCCAGCACCCAAGCCCUUCAGCCCCAUCCCAGGAAGGUCCCCAGGGCUGGGGGACCUCCUGUGCUCAAGAGACCCAGACCCUUGGGGUGGUGAGCGCUGCUCCCCUCUCAGCUGAUGGUGGCAGAAGCAGGGGCUGUGGGAAGGGGCUGGSAGGCUCCAGGCUCUCCGGGGUGCAGGAUGCUCUUCUGCCAGCUCACGGGGCCACAUCCUGACAGAGCCGCCUGGCUGCGGGGCGGCUGACGGGGCGCUGACGGGGGAGGAUGUGUCACUUCCCCGGGGGCUGGUGCUUCCCGGGGGGUUUCGGUGCCGACACRGCACUGAGGGACACCGGACUCAUCCUGAGACUGGGUGUGAGGAUGYAAAACCUGGAGGUGCACACGGGAGCCCGGCAAGUCCUGGCAUGAACAGAUGUCUGAGCCACCUGCUGCAUCGUCACCCGGGGGUGACGCCAUGGGCCACGGUGAUGCUGUGGGCUGGCACGGGGAAUGCCAGCCCUCCUGGGGCUGCUUUGGGUCACCAGUGGGGCUGUUCUGGGUGACACUGGGGCUGCUGCAGAGGUUUGCAGUCAUCUCCUCUUGCCGUGGCUGGMAGUGCUCACCUGCCUGACCCAGACACCGGCCAUUUCCUUCUCUCCCCUCUAAUUACACCAUCUGAAUCACCCAGUUAGGGCCAGCGCCCUUCACCUCCUGCGUGGCCACCAUGCCCACUCUGUGAUCUGGGGGCCACCCCAGAGGGCAGCCCCCCAAGUCCCACAUGCCCACCCAGWCCCACAGGGAUGCCCCAGCGCUGUCAAGUCUCCCUGCCUGUCCUUUGCUGCGUCAGCACAGGGAUGGCUGGGCUGGCCCCACCCUGUCCCUGUGGGAUUUUUGGUUUCCCAAUGUGGGAAGGAGCUCAGAGUUAUGCCAAAACCCCCACGGGGGUGUCCGACUCAUCCUGCUUUGCCGGCACCUCCGCUGGGAAUAAAGCCGCCCAUCCUGCUGCUGGCAGGGCAGAGGUGCUGCGCAUUCAGCAAGUAAUUUUCCAAGUUCAGCUCCCAUCACUGCAUCCGUGUGACCCAGCAUCCAUCCUGUAAGAAUG